AUGAGUGGAAGAUCGUCCAAUUCGAACGACGAUACUGGCCGAGCAAAGAAGAAAGGUGGCGGUUUCUUGGCCCGGCAAUCGAAGGCAAAGAAGACAAUUACAGAGGAAGAGUUGCUGAAAAAGGACUCAGUCGCUCCGGAUGACGUUUUGAAGUUAGGAAAAUGCACAGAAAGUAAGUGCAUGCAACGACAAAUUUGUUCGGUUUGCAGCUUUAGUGAUCCAAUGAAUUUGGUCUAACGUUGAUUAAUUGCCGGAGAGUAAUAAACGCUGGAAAUGAUUAGAACUUCAUCGUCGUUCGUGUGUUAACUAGGUAUUUACAUGUAUUCGUUCUUGCUCUCAUUUGCAGAUUACCUCUGUGAACCCAGUGCAAAUGUUUACCACAUCGAUUUUACUCGCUUUAAAAUCCGCGAUAUGGAAACCGGGAACGUACUGUUUGAGAUAGCCAAGCCCGAAAACAUUGAGGAAGACAUCAUUGACAAUGACGAGGAUCCCAAUGCAGGCCGCUUCGUCAGAUACAAGUUUACUCCAGAGUUUUUGAAGUUAAAAACCGUAGGAGCAACGUGAGUUUCUUCGUUUCUUCUUUGCCCAAGCAAACGAAAUUAGGCAAAACAGAGAUCUAUUUCUUAUACUGGUGGUGCGAUCGACCUAUAUAUUUUUCUAAAAUAUUUUGAGCUCAAGUGGCAUGGAUAACGUUCAAACGUAGUCUAAUUUUUCUCGUUACCUAUUGUCUAUCUGUAAUCGUCGAUUGUUUUUAAGAUUGCUCGGAUUUCCCUCCAUUAACUUUGCCCCCUUAUUUUAUGUUACCGAUAUUCUAAUAUCGUUUUUUUUUUUAUCUUAUUUUCAGAGUCGAAUUCACUGUGGGAGACAAACCUGUCAACAAUUUUCGAAUGAUAGAACGUCACUAUUUUAGAGACCGCCUGUUAAAAAACUUCGAUUUUAACUUUGGAUUUUGUAUACCAAACAGCAAGAACACGUGUGAGCAUAUCUACGAAUUUCCUGCUUUAGAUAUCGAUGAAAGUAAGUAUUCAAUUCUACUUGUGUUAAAUGUGUUAUCUUAUAAUGUCACUCUUUUUACCCGUACGCUCCAACAACUUAAAUCACUUGUCUGGAAUUAAAUAUUUGAAUUGAUCGUUUUAUAUAAAAUGUUCCGAUUUUAAUUUUAGUGAGUUGAUAUUGUUUAGCGUGGCAUUGUCUUGUAGUACUCUUGUUUCUCCAAAACAAUUUUUCCUUGACAGCUUUUAACGCAAGAUUAAUCUUUUUGUGGGAAGGUAGAUCAUAUCCUUUAUUUGUUUAUUUUGAAACGUUACACUUUGAUGUUGGUAUAUUGAACCAAAAGCUAUUUAAGGGAAGUCACUUUAACGUUAAUGCACAACAUUGUGAUGUACAGUUUAGUAGUAAUCUAAGUUUAUGAUGACAUUAACAAAUACGUUAUUCAGGAAAAAAUUUAAAUUGUCCGAAUCAUAAUUGCAUAAUAAUCGCCAUCCAGUUUGCAUGAUUCCAGUAGGUUGUAAAAUUUGAAUCUUUCAGGAAAUUCGCUAACUUGUUCUUCAAAGGAAGAACAGUUUGGAGAAGUUGUAUGAGAAUUUAGAGGCCUAAAAUAAACUCCCAUUAUUACGGACUAUAACCAUAAAGGACUCAACCUCAUGGUUCCAGGGUGUCUGCAGUACUUAAUGGAUGAUUGAGGGCCGGGGGGCGGGGUUUUUUCCCCCUGGCUAUUUUUAUAGGAAAGAAACAGGAAAAUAGAACCAAAAGGCCUUUUCAGCUGUUCAAAUCCCCCACGUACUAAUUUAAUGUACCUGGCAACUUGAAAUGUUAGUGACAGCUCCAAGACUCUCUUAGGGGGAAAACGUACGUCCCUAGUCUGAAUUUCAAAUACAGUUGUUUUGCAUUUUGAGGAGUAGGCCAUGUCCCUGUCGGUAUUUGACCCAUCUUUUUGUCGUUUGCUGCCAUUUCAUCUACACUUAUGUGGCUGUUUUAAGGUCAUGUCGCUCGUCAGAAUUUUUCCUUUAACAGGCCUCAGCUCUGUUGUAAUCUGUACCUCUUGAAAAAAAGGAUCAGGAAAUGGCCACUUUGUGCUUUUUAGACUGAUGCACAGUUAAGAGGAUUAUUUGACAUGUAAACUCUUUCUCUUUUCUUUGUUUUCACAGUGCAAGAAAUGAUUGAUCAUCCAUUUGAGACAAAGUCGGAUAGCUUUUACUUUGUAGAGGGCAAACUCAUCAUGCAUAACAAAGCAGAUUAUGCGUAUGAUGGAUAGCAAUUUUAAGCACAACCAUUGUAAAAAUUACAAUGUACUAAUAUUAGUAUUAUGUACAGAAACAUUCAUAGAAAACAUGUAAAGAUAAACAUCUUAUCAUGCUCAACCCUAUAAAUUACCCAUGUUCAACAACCAGAAUAGGAUUAUUAGAUUGCUGUCAGUUAUUUUUCAUACUAUCAUUGUAUUUUGUAUAAUCCUCCUUCUACAUGAGAAUUGUAAUGGUUCUAUUUAUGUAGACUGCUUUAGCUGACUAAUUUUGUGUUUCUAACAACAAGCUUAAUUUGAUAGGAUUUCAAGGACAUUUUAAAACAAGUUGUUCUGGGAAGUUAAAGGGUUAUUUUAUAAGGGAAGUGGUUGUUUUCAAUCCAGCUAGGUAGAAAAAAUAUGGAAAGAAUUGUUCAUUUGAAACAGGAUUCUCAAAGGCUGAUCAUUGUGAUCAUUAUCAAAGCCAACACUUUUUGUAAAAUAUAUAUCUUAUUUGGAACGAUAUCAACCCAUCAGGUCUCUGUCAUGGUUCGCAAAUUAGUUAAAUGAAGUCCGAACAUUACUUUAGAGUAAUAGCUUUGAAAGAAGUGGCUGAUAGGUAUUUGAAGUAGCAUGAAUGGAAUUUUGUAUUGUUGAAAUGAUAAUGACUGAAUGUCCUACACGGGCUUACAUCUUAUUCAUAGACAAGAUUAAACCCAAUAAAAAUUUGAAAC